AAGGGAGCGGUGCGGGGUUUAAAUCUGAGGCGGAGCCCUGCUCUCCCGGCGUGCUGAGCAGGAACGGCUGUUGACUUGUGCUAGUUCAGGCCCUUGGCUCGUCUGGAGCUCCGGUUCUGCUUCUCCCUGCGAAGCUGCUGUCUGGUGAAGAGGAAGCCAUGGCUCUCCGAGUCACCAGAAACACGAAAAUUAAUGCUGAAAAUACGAAAAUCAGUAUGGCAGGUGCAAAGCGUGUGCCUAUGGCCACUGCUGCAGCCUGCAAACCCGGGCUGAGGCCAAGGACAGCACUUGGAGACAUUGGAAACAAAGUCGGUGAACAGGCCAAAAUGCCUCUGAAAAAGGAAGCAAAAACUUCAGCUACUGGAAAAGUUACUGCUAACAAACUUCCAAAGCCCCUGAAAAAGGUGCUUGAGCCUGUUCCUGCUCCUGAGCCUGAACCAGAACAAGAGCAAGAACCGGAUCCAGAGCCAGAGCCAGAGCCAGAGCUAGAACCUGAGCCUGAGCCUGUUAAAGAAAAUUCUUCGCCUGAGCCUAUUUUGGUUGAUACUUCUUCUUCAAGCCCAAUGGAAACAUCUGGAUGUGCUCCUGCAGAAGAAUAUCUUUGUCAGGCUUUCUCGGAUGUAAUUCUUGCAGUGAGUGAUGUGGAUGCAGAAGAUGGAGCUGACCCAAACCUUUGCAGUGAAUAUGUAAAAGAUAUCUAUGCUUAUUUGAGACAGCUCGAGGAAGAGCAAGCAGUCAGACCAAAAUACCUCUUGGGUCGGGAAGUCACUGGAAACAUGAGAGCCAUCCUAAUUGACUGGCUAGUACAGGUUCAGAUGAAAUUCAGGCUGCUGCAGGAGACCAUGUACAUGACUGUUUCUAUUAUUGAUCGAUUCAUGCAGAAUAAUUGUGUGCCCAAGAAGAUGCUGCAGCUGGUUGGUGUCACUGCCAUGUUUAUUGCAAGCAAAUACGAGGAGAUGUACCCCCCAGAAAUUGGUGACUUUGCCUUUGUGACUAACAAUACUUACACUAAGCAUCAAAUCAGACAGAUGGAAAUGAAGAUUCUAAGAGCUUUAAAUUUUGGUCUGGGUCGUCCUCUACCCCUGCACUUUCUUCGUCGAGCAUCUAAAGUUGGAGAGGUUGAUGUUGAACAACAUACUCUGGCCAAGUACCUGAUGGAAUUAACUAUGCUCGACUACGAUAUGGUGCACUUUCCUCCUUCUCAAAUUGCAGCAGGAGCUUUUUGCUUAGCCCUGAAAAUUCUUGAUAAUGGUGAAUGGACACCAACUCUCCAGCAUUACCUGUCUUAUACUGAGGAAUCACUUCUUCCUGUUAUGCAGCACCUAGCUAAGAAUAUAGUCAUGGUGAAUCGUGGGCUUACAAAGCACAUGACCAUCAAGAAUAAGUAUGCGACAUCAAAGCAUGCUAAGAUCAGCACUCUAGCACAGAUGAAUUCUGCACUAGUUCAAGAUUUAGCCAAGGCCGUGGCAAAGGUGUAACUUGUAAACUUGAGUCAGAGUAUUAUACCUGCAAAUAAAAUUGGCACCAUGUGCCAUCUGUACAUAUUACGUUACAUUCACUUUUAAUAAAGUUUGUGGCCCUUUUAUUUUUUGCAGCUUAACUCAUUCAAAUGUGGUUACUUCCUAUUCCAGGGUAACCUAAAAAAGUUGUCUUUAAAAAUAUUGUAGGGAAUGUUUGCAAAACUGCUUUCACUUUAUCUGAGGAUCCAGCUAAGUUACAUAAUUGUUGCCGUUAUGUUUAUAUACAUAGCUCUUCUUUUACGUUCCUGUAUUCAAAACCUUUACCUCCGGAGGGCAUACUGCCUAUAAGCCAAGCAUCGUAGAGAAGCUGCUAACUAGUUCUGUCUCAAAGUAAAAGUCUACCACCUCAUUCCUAAUCACCCUGUUUUCGGUUUCUUUUGGUGUGCUGCCAUGAUUCCAAGUGAUUUAUUUUUGUCUCUGUUUCUUCAGUUAUUAAUUUUAGCUGGUAUCUUUUCAAACUUUUCACUUUGAAAAAUAACUUUUUGUAUUUUAAACCAUGUUCUCAUUUUUCUUUAUUAAGAAAACGGGAUGCUCAAAUCAAAUACAAAAGUAUCUUUUAGAAAAUGGUUGAUUUUGGGGGUGACAGGUGGCAUGGUAGUUAAGGGUGCUGGACUCCCACAUGAGCAACCCGCAGUGCGAAUCCUGGACCUGGUGCCU